AGCUUCACCUUCAAUUAUUUUUUUGUGUCGUGAAGUCACAAUUUACAAUAAUGGCGAAAUCACUUGUGGAAGUGAAUCUGAUCCCGAUCGAAGCUACUUCUGAGACCUUCGCAGACUAUGGUCAAGUCAUCGAAGUCUCUCGUGAUGGUGAACGUUUCGGUCCAAACGAUGCUCAAUUGGAUCUCUCCAAAGGAACCCCACGGUUCUAUCUAAUGACGCUCAAUGAUGCACCCUUGAGAUUUGGCAGCAUCACUCAUCACGCAAACGUGACACAGUGUCUAGGAUCAAUAGGUGGUCACGUUUGGUAUCUUGGAGUCGCUAAGCCGUCUAUUAUCAAAAACGAUGAUGAUGUUGGAAAGGGAGUAGAUAAUAAAGUCAAAUCAAAGUCUGGUCAUUGGUACGUUCCUCCUCCUGUUGACGAGGUGCGCGUCUUCAGAAUCUCGGGACCGAAGUAUAUCAAACUCAACCAUGGUACUUGGCAUGCUGGACCACUCUUCAAAGACAGUUCCAUGGACUUUUACAACUUAGAGCUCACCGACACAAAUGUGGUGGAUCACACGACACAUUAUUUCAAGAAGGAUGAUGGAGUCAUCUUCCGAUUUGAUCACCAAGAGGAUACAUCUUCUUCCUAGCUCAAAUCCUUUAGCUUAUCAAGUGUGUGCUUAUGUUUGCUUUGCUUGCUUCUGUUCUCAUGUGUAAUAUGUGUAUGCAACUACCGGUUUAAGUUUGUUUGCAUUGCUGCUCCUUUUCUCCUGGUGUAAUAAUUUCUUGAAUUUGGUUCUUUGUAAAAAGGAAACCAAAUCUUGAAUAUGUUAAUGAAUAAAUGUUUUGUUAACAUCAUCA